AUGUUGACACAAUAUAGGUGGGUGGUCGUCGUGGUGAUCUAUCGCAAUAUGUCGACGGCCGGCGACGUGGUGCCAGUGGCGUACGAGGGGAACACCUCCGCAGCAGUGGCGGAUUGGCUGAACAAAGGAGACAACGCAUGGCAGAUGAUAUCGGCAACUUUAGUGGGCCUCCAGAGCGUGCCGGGCCUCGUCAUCCUUUACGGCAGCAUCGUGAAAAAGAAAUGGGCAGUCAACUCGGCCUUCAUGGCCCUCUAUGCUUUCGCCGCCGUUGUGAUCUGCUGGGUCACCUGGGCUUACAAGAUGUCCUUCGGCCACAAACUCCUCCCUUUUUGGGGCAAGGCAGGUCCAGCUCUGGGCCAGAAGUUUCUGAUCCAGCAGGCGGUACUUCCGGCCACCACCCAUUACUACCACAACGGCACGGUGGAGACAGCCAUGGUUGAACCCUACUACCCCAUGGCGUCAAUGGUGUGGUUUCAGUGCGUGUUUGCUGCCAUUACCGUGAUCUUGCUUGCCGGAUCGUUAUUGGGGAGGAUGAACUUUAAAGCGUGGAUGAUGUUUGUGCCUCUUUGGCUCACUUUCUCUUACACUGUGGGCGCUUUUAGCCUAUGGGGCGGAGGCUUCCUGUUUCAGUGGGGCGUCAUGGAUUACUCCGGUGGCUAUGUCAUUCAUCUCUCUUCUGGGAUUGCAGGCCUCACCGCCGCCUACUGGGUACUCUUGGCUUCACUUAUUUAA